AUGAAAUUGAAAACGUUUUGUGCGAACGAUGUGUUGAAUAAUAAAAACUUGAAAAAAAGUGACGAGCAAAACGACGAAAACGAUGAGUUCGGUACGGCGCGUAAGGCACAAAUUCAGCAGGCGAUCGCCGAAAACGCGAACACAAGGAAAUUUGCGGCAAGUCAGGUGCGUUGA